AGAAGGUUCAAUGGGAUACUAGUGGAAGGAGUGGCUCAUAAUCAAACUUCGAAUCCGCAAAACGUAAAUAGUAGGUCAAGCUCAGUUACUGAUAAGACGGACAAGGAAAUAAACAGUUUUUAAUCUGACGGUGGUGCGUCUGUUUUGUAUUAGAGUAAACAAUGGAUACGUAAAUGAGAGAAAGGUGUAAUCAGAAUCUCAUCAACAGGCGAUUAAUAAUAUUAAAAUGUGAUGUUUUUCACUUAUAAGUCAAGGACAGAUUGACUGAACGAAAGGGUAACGUUCUGAUUGCCUUGUCGACCAAUGUUAAUGCUGCAUUUUCAGUCAGUAUAAGCUCUAUGGUUACCUUCCACCUACUAUCCGAUGCAUCUUAAUCUUAUCACAAUCCUUCCACGUUCGCGGCGUCCGUCGUCUUAGAUUUUUGUGCCAUGUUUGGCGAUAAACAAGUUUUCAUCAAAGCACCGGUGCAGUAUAAGCGUAAUCGAAAGCACACACAAAGAACGCAAUGAUGAUGGAUUUAAAGAAGAACUUGGAAAACCAGGAAGGCAACCGCGUGUGGUAGAGGAGUCGACGGCGACGUUCACUUCAGUUUAGCUGAGCAGCUCGACGGGUCCGGACGCGACAAGUGAUUUUAUCGGGGAAAAGUUAGUGUACGCGAAGAAAGCCGUCUUUGCUGAGUCAAACCGAUUGGAGACAAAACAAAGAAAAAGUGUGAACUCAAGGGUUUAAUUGUGAUUUGCAUCUUGUGAAGGGUACAUUGUAGAGAAGUGUUUAAAAACUUGGAAAAGUAAGCAUCUUAGACGUUUAGGUCCCGUUAGGCGUUACGUCUAGCCAAAACUCCAAGCACGCUUGAAUGUUUGGAAGCGUACGCGUACGGUUAAUUCAACGAGCAGCGCAUAUCAGCAGAUGACGCAGUGGGAGAAACUACGCCUGCCACUAGUGGUGGCAGGAUUGUUUGUUUGCUCAAACCUGUUGAUCUCGGGCGUCUCGACGUAUCGGGUUGGAGUGGGGCGAGCCGACUGCACUGGACCCCCAGUCGAGAUUGGAUUUAUGGGCUACGCGGAGUUUUCUCAGCGUGGUCAUGGUAUCCAUUUGCGACAGUUUUCCAGAGCUUUCAUUUUCGAGGAUGAGCUGGGGGAGAGGAUUGUGUUCGUCAGCGCAGAUGCCGGCAUGAUGGGUCACGCCGUAAAACGAGAUGUGAUAGAUUUGCUGCAGAAAAAGUAUGGAGAUCUGUAUCGCUUUGAAAACGUAGUACUUAGUGGAACGCACAGCCAUAGUGUUCCAUCGGGAUUUCUGAUGUCGUUCCUGUACGACAUUGCCUCAUUGGGGUUCGUGCCUCAGAACUUCAAUGCUCUCGUCGAAGGAAUCACGCUUAGUAUUGUAAGAGCACAUGAAAACAUGCAAGAAGGAAGGGUUUACGUAGCGGAAACGGAGGUUGCCGAUGCCAACAUCAACCGCAGUCCCAGCGCCUAUGAAAACAAUCCUAAAGAAGAACGAAUGCUCUAUAAAGAUUACACUGAUAAGAAGCUGGUACAACUCAAGCUAACCAAUAACGAGGGAAAGCCUUUGGGCGCAAUCAAUUGGUUCGCCGUUCAUCCAACAUCGAUGAAUAAAACAAACUGUUUCUUGUCCAGUGACAAUGUUGGAUACGCGUCGAUUCUUCUGGAGCAAGAGAUGAACCCGGACAGUCUGCCGGGGCAAGGAGACUUCGUGGGAGCAAUGGCAGCGUCCAAUUUGGGUGACGUUUCGCCCAAUGUUAUGGGACCGAAGUGUGAAAAAACAGGUCUUCCGUGCGAUCUACUAACAUCUUCCUGUCCCAGUGGGACAGGAGCAUGCAUAGCUUCCGGGCCCGGCAGAGAUAUGUUCGACAGUACCAGACUGAUUGCGAAACGGAUUUUCAACGCGGCAUCGAAACUUCUUCGCUCGAAGAAAUCCCGUGAGAUUCGCGGACCGAUAGCGUUCGCUCACAAGUUCAUCGACAUGACCACGGCAACCGUACCGUACUACAACCGCACAAACGAACGCAGCGAAGAAGUGCACGGAUGCUAUCCUGCGAUGGGAUACAGUUUUGCCGCUGGAACCACCGACGGUCCGGGUGCAUUCGAUUUCCGGCAGGCAAUGCUCACCGACACCACCUUCUGGAAUACGGCUCGGGAUUUGAUUGCGGUACCCACAGCGGAAGAUAAGACUUGCCAUGCGCCGAAGCCCAUCUUGGUGGCUAGCGGUCGUACGACAUUUUCGUAUGAAACGCAACCGAAGAUUGUCCCAAUGCAGAUUUUGUUGUUGGGAGACUUCGCCAUAGCGGCUGUUCCGGCUGAAUUCACAACCAUGUCCGGAAGACGUUUAAGAAAGACCAUCGAGGAAGCUUCUCUGGAAGCUGGUGGGAAGAAGGUUAAAGUUGUGGUAGCAGGACUAUCGAAUAUGUAUACAAGCUACGUUGCAACUCCGGAAGAGUACGCCAUUCAGCGAUACGAAGGAGCAUCUACAUUAUACGGGCCACAUACUCUUACAAUCUAUUUGCAUCAUUUCAACGCACUUAUGAAAGCAAUAAUCAACGGAGAAUCCGUUGAGGAAGGACCUUCUCCGCCGUUUGAAGACUACAAACAGAUUACGCUCUCUACAGGGGUAGUAUACGAUGGGCAUCCGUUCCGAAUGUACUUUGGAGAUGUGCAAGAACAGCCCAACGAGAGCUACACGCGAGGGGAAACGGUGCGAGCGUCGUUUGUGGCAGGAAAUCCUCGAAACAAUUUAAUGCACGAAAAGACGUAUUUCACGGUCGAGAAGCAGAUAGGAGAGGAUCAGUGGAAAGUGAUAGCUACGGACGCCAGUUGGGAGACCAAGUUCAAAUGGAUCCGAAAGUCCACAUUGUUUGCCUAUAGUGAUAUCGAAUUUGAAUGGGAUACGGGAUUAGACACAGACGAAGGGAUUUAUAGAAUACAACAUUUUGGAUACUGGAGAUAUAUUCUGGGCGGAACUUAUGCGUAUAAUGGUACUACUAGGAAUUUUAGCAUUUCAUAGAUAGGAUAGGAGCUACAAAAAAUGUAUCGAAAUUGUGAUAAUACUUCAGAAACAAGGACUAGUCAAAUUAAUAGGAA